AGCACCACUCGCAUAGACGUGACCCAAAUAAUGAGGUUUACUUAACAUGUUUGGCCAUUGUUAGGUUUUUGUAUAAAGAAAGAUGGUUUCGAUUUAGUUGAAGUUUUUCAGAGACUAAAACUAACGCUAGUUUGCAUCAUCAUGAUGUCUGCGAUGCUUCAGCUGGUGCUGUUAGCUUGUGUUGCUCCUUUUCUAUCUGCUAACCAUGAAAAUAUGAACCAUUUGAUGAUAACCCCUCAGUCUCCAGUGCUAGAGAUUGGGACCAACUUCACAGCGACAUGCAUGAUCAUCAACACAGCUGAAGUAACAGCAGAUGACCUCUACUGGACUGUGUCUAAGACUACUAUACCCAGUGAAAAGUAUACUAAGAUCAAUGAAACAGCUCUUAGUGUCACUAUCCCUGUCACCGAUGAAAAGCCUGAAUGGUUAUAUUGCCGCUCCAGGAUUACGUCAGCCUAUACUCAGCUGAACCCAGGCAAAUUUCUCCAUGCCAUAAUCUCAGAGAAAGGCUAUCCUCCAGAGAAGCCUGAGAAUCUGUCUUGUAUAGCUGUUCAGGACAAAAAAGUCAUCUCUCGAAACAUCAGCUGUUCGUGGGAACCAGGACGUGACAGCCGUUUGACUACAACAUACACACUGCAUGUUAAAGUCAUCACCAGCCCUCAGACCUUUAAUACGUCAACAUAUAAAAACAGUGCCCAAGUGACUCUGGAGAUUUUCCCUGAUCAUAUGACCCUGGAAAUCUGGGUGGAGGCAAAGAAUGGACUGGGAAAAGUGGAGUCUGAGCAUCUUAGAGAAGAUGCCGGCUGGUUUGUUAAAACAAACCCUCCAUCAGAUGUCAAAGUCAUUUCAGAAAAAAGUUUUCCUACCUCCCUGCUUAUAAACUGGACUCAACCUAUUGCUAAAGAACAUAUGAAAUUGACAUAUGAAAUCAGAUUCUGCCCAAAUGGAUCUCAGAGUUGGACUUAUGUACCUCUUGUGGACACUGCUAAGGACAUCCAGUCCUUCAGACUCCAGAAGCUUCGACCAGACACAGUCUAUGUCACUCAAGUGCGCUGCAAAAAUGCUCGAGAAGGCCACGGUUACUGGAGCGACUGGAGUACCAAUGCUACCAAAAGAACACCAGAGGACCGACCAACAAGUAAACCGGAUUUAUGGCUGUUGAACAAUACGAGUGAAGGCGUAAAUGGACGACAUGUGACGUUGAUCGCUAAGGAUCCCGAGUCUGCAAAUGGGAAGAUAACAAGAUUUGACAUGAAGAUCAAACAUGGCAGUAGGGACUGGAAGAGUGUCCAAGUCAACAUGUCAGAGGCAGACCGCAGCUCUAGCCAGAGGAAUAUAACUGUCCUACAACUGGAUGACAGCGGUUCUAUUAAAGUGCGGAUCACUGCCAUCAAUUCUGUGGGGAAGUCUCCUGAGGCGGUUUUAGGCAUCCAUGAUAAAGUGCAUGAGCUUACCCCAGUAGAGGGGCUUAAGGUUGAGCCCUGUGGUGCCCAGCUGUGUCUCGAAUGGAAACCCCCCAACAGUGCAACAGAGUAUGUGGUGGAGUGGAGGGCCUAUGGUGAUCAAAUGGACUGGCAGAGGGAAAACAGAAGCACCAGAAACACAGCCAUUAAAGGCAACCUUGAGAAGUUUGUUUGCUACAAAGUAUCUGUAUAUGCAAUAUACUCUGGUUGGAUUGGGAAGCCAGCAAUUGUAGAAGCCUUUCUGGAGCAAGGAGCUCCGUUGGAAGGCCCAUCUGUUAGACUGAAUGGCACACCAGGACGUAAUGAGGCUGUGCUGGUGUGGGAGGAGAUUCCCAAAAACAAACAGCAAGGCUUCAUCACAAAUUACACAAUUUGCUACACAGAUGGGAUUAAAAGAUAUGACAUAGUAGUGCCAGGUAACACCACCUCAUACACUUUGACCUCACUGUCUCGCAACACCAAGUAUGACGUUUGGAUCAAGGCUUCAACUAUCGGAGGCUCAACAAAUGGCUUUAACCACUCAUUUACCACUCUGAAAUAUGGACCCGGAGAGAUUGAGGCCAUCGUGGUAGGAGUGAGCCUCGGCUUCCUGUUUAUUGUUCUCAUGACCAUGCUGCUGUGUUUCUACAAAAAAGAUGUGCUCAAGGAGAACUGUUGGCCUCAGAUCCCAAACCCUGGAGAGAGCACCAUUGGAAACUGGUCACCUGAUUAUCCUUUGAAAGCAGAGACACCAAAGGAGAACUGUCUGUCUGGCAUUAGUGUGCUUGAUAUGGAUGUGUGUGAUGGAAAGUCUGUGUUUGAGGAGGACAAAACCAGUCUGCCUCUGAAGAAGGACAAGUAUCUGUCUGAGGAGCACAGCAGUGGCAUCGGAGGCUCCUCCUGCAUGUCUUCACCUCGUCAGAGUGUGUCUGACAGCGAUGAGGGCGGUGACAUCGCUGACACCACAGCCAACACUGUUCAGUACUCCUCUGUGGUGGCCUCAAACGCUUACAAGGGUCAGAACCCGAACUCCCAAUCUCAGCAGGCCAUAUUUUCGCGGUCUGAAUCCACACAGCCUCUGCUGGACUCUGAGGAGAACCCAGAUAUGUUGAUGCAGGAGGGCAGCAGACAGUCACAGCGUUUUCCCCGACAGUCCUGCUUUACACACUCUGCAAGGAACCAAGACAGCACCAACCAUGCUGACUUCAACCAGCUGGAGAUGGAACAGCAGGAGGUUCUGGAGCCUCUGGACUUCUGUCCCCUGGAAGAGGACUUUGAGCAGAUAACACCUACAGAUGGUCAGUCUGCACGGGGCUCCAGCUACAUGCCUCAGCUGGGUGGCUACAGGCCACAGUAAGGACACACAUAGACCUGACCUGUUUGAUCCAUGUCAGUGGUGCUGUGCCUUGGUUAUAUCACAUGGUCAUCUUAGGGCUCUGAGCAGUGAAGAAGACUGUACUAGUUUUUCUUUUUAGCUUUUAACCAAGUAUAAAUAAAUAGUCCAAGGUGCUUUGGGACAUUAUAUUAAAGUGCCAGCUUUGCACUCACAUUGAAAAAUACACAGCCAUAUCUUUAUAGUUACAUAAUUCCCUAAACGUGCUUUGACCUAUACAGUAAAUGUCACAUAAUGCAUUUCAAAAUGUCUCCUAAAUUUCUAAUUAUGAUGAGUGUGAACCACCACUUCAGGAGUGAUGGACUACAGUCAGCAGCCUCAGGGUGAAGCUGUUUCUCUCCUGGCAGCCCAGUUUGACCAGUGUUUCCAGUUUGUUAACUGGGCAUUGUCAUUUCACAUAAAUGUUUUCAGCUCAAGUAUAUACACUGCACAUGAAAGUAAUCAACUUAUACAAGUUCACACUGACAUGUACAUACUACUAAUGAGAUGCCAGUGUAUGUUCAAUAAAAAGGUUUAUUUUUACUGCCUUGGGAAGUAAUGCAUGUCUAUAUAAUUCCUUUACUUUGUAAUUCAGUUGGCAUCACUAAGUUCAUGGAAACGGUUUCAUUUCAUUUGUAGAAAAAAACUGAUUCUGUUUACUUUGCCAGAGUAAACUGACAACUUACUUGUUUUCAGUGUUCCUACAAUACCCAGCAGUCACUGUGGAUGCUACAUUUCAGAGCACGCACUGCUGUUUUCUCAUCUUCCAAUGUUCAAACACAAUACUGAAUGUACUGUCACCCUACUGCUUCUCACUAUAAACCCUGCCAUCACAGCUGCUUUUGAUAACAUGGACCCAAUAUCUCACUAACAUCAGUGUGAUCCUUUGUUAAAUGCAUAUCCAGCUGGUGAUUAUCAAUAGAUUUUCUGAUAUUUCCAGACGAUGUGGCAUGCAGCUUUGAGUAAUUAUUGAGAAGCAACUGGACAAUGUGAUCACUCACUCAGUCCUGAGCUCUACAGCAAAAACUCAUAAUGGCUUGCUUAACUGCUCUGACUAGUGUUGAGGACUGCAAAGUUCUUCUGGUCAAAAACAUCCAUGGGUUAAAGUAAGUGUCAUGUUACAUAAAAAUGUUGUCUGAACAUUGUGGUGUUAACUUUCUUCAAAGCACUCAGUUUCAGUGUGAACUGUGGAAGAGAUUAAGUAUUUCCUUACCUGACGACAGUGGUGAAGGUUUUUUCUGUAUUGGAACGCUGUAAGUGACUGUCACUAUAAAUUUUGAAAUAAAUGUUUUAACUAA